CACCAGCGUCAGCGUCAUUGGGAAGGAUCUUUAAUACCUCCCCCAGGGUUGCUGUAGAGACACCGCGAUGUGGCCCAACUUGAACGUGAUACUGAGGUUCAUCCUCGUUGCCAGUUUCUACUGUGCCCCUACUAGCUCCUCAGCCACCGAAAACAGCGUCAAUCGAAUCAAGGAAAACAUACCCUCUCCUCCUACAUGGUCCAGGCUCGGACGUGCACCCCCGAACCAUCUCGUCACGCUGCGUAUUGCACUGCGUCAAUCGCUCUCCAAUUCUUUACUGCUAGAGCAAAUCCUCUACAAUGUCAGUAAUCCCGGCAGUCCUCUCUACGGGAGACACCUCUCCAAGGAAGAAGCGGAAUCAAUAUUGAAACCCCAAGAGGAUGCGAUUACAGCAGUCGACAAUUGGCUCUCUAGCAGCGGGAUACGAGAGAGUUCUAUCAAACCAGGCCCUUCCAGAGCUUGGCUUAUGGUUACAAUACCGAUAGAUACUGCCGAGAUAUUGCUGAACACAACAUACUAUACUUGGUGUCAUUCCUCCAGUAACGACACCAUAGUCAGAACCACCACAUACAGCCUCCCGGUCGAAGUAUUCCACCAUGUGGAUUUCGUUCAACCAACUACAAUAUUUGCUCGUUGGAAUGGCUUGGGCUCUGCUACACAUCUCCCCAUCGCAGUCAGGGAAUUCGCUCAGACUGGUUCUUCCUCAAUAACGAGCGGGUCUGGGACUGUCACCGACACUGGCUGCAAUGCAACACUUACCCUCAGUUGUAUUCGGCAGCUCUACAAUAUCACCGACUACACCACGCUUGGCAAGAGUGGCAGUAAGAUAGGAGUCACCGGUUACCUCGAUUACUAUGCAAAUCGCGCAGACUUGCUGUUGUUUCUACAAGACCAGCGGCCUGAAGCACUCGACGCGACUUACCAGUUUAUUUCUGUAAACGGCGGAAAAGAUAGCCAGAAUGUUUCUCAAGCGGGAGGGGAGGCGGACUUGGAUAUUCAGAUAUCAAUGGGGUUGACAUAUCCGAUGCCAAAUAUUUUCUACUCGACCGCGGGCAGCCCACCAUCUAUACCGAGUUUGCACACACCCACGGACGCGAACGAGCCCUACGCGGAGUGGCUGGACUACAUGCUAUCGCAAUCUGAACUUCCUGCAACGAUUACUACGAGCUACAGCGAUGAUGAGGAUACAGUGCCGAUUGCAUAUGCCAAGCAUAUAUGUGCUGGGUUUGCUCUUCUGGGCGCUCGUGGUGCAUCCCUGAUAUUCUCAUCCGGAGACGGGGGCGUGGGUGACGGUGACGACAACCCAACUACUCAGCAAUGCAAGGCUAAUGACGGUCGAAACGCAUCUCGGUUCAUCCCGACGUUCCCACCCAGCUGUCCUUACGUGACCGCCGUCGGUGGAACAACGCAAAUACCCGAGGUGGCCUCCUACUUCUCGGGCGGUGGCUUCAGCAACUAUUUUGACCGCCCGUCCUACCAGGAGAGCUCCGUAUCAAGCUACGUAGAUCGUCUGCAACCCAUCUUAUAUCAAGGUCUUUACAAUCCCCAUGGCAGAGGAGUGCCCGACGUCUCCGCUCAGUCGACUAACUUCCGUGCGUUCUAUCAAGGCCAGGCUGCACGAGGGAUGGGGACGUCUGUAGCUGCCCCCAUCUUCGCUAGCAUUGUCGCUCUUCUUAAUGACGGACGACUGGCAAGAGGGCUGCCUCCAUUAGGGUUCUUGAACCCUGUCCUAUAUACAAAGGGAUUGCCUGGUCUAACGGACAUCACAUCGGGGAAUAAUCCCGGGUGUGGGACGCAAGGUUUCAACGCGACGUAUGGAUGGGAUCCGGUAACGGGACUCGGAACACCUAACUUCGGGAAAUUGAAGCAAAUCUUUUCACCGUAGAGUCGGCAUGAUACAAAGACUGAUCCUGUACAAUGCGGAAACAGUGAAUGCCGUCACCCCUACAAU